AUGAAUUUUGAAAAGAAAUGCUGUUGCGGGUUGUCCCUCACGCAUCACAGGGGAACCGGAGCCAAAAUUCAACCCCCCUACGAAUCCCAAUGGAUAUCGUCCCGGCACACGAUAUCAGUACCUACGGAUGCUUACGGAACAUUAGAAUUUCAAGGUGGUCCUCAUCCAAGCAAAGCUCAGUACGUACGACUUUCUUACGAUACAAGACCGGAAUUAAUAUUACAAUUAUUCACAAGAGAAUGGAGUUUGGAAACUCCGAAAUUACUCAUAACCGUUCAGGGAGGAAAAGCAAAUUUCGAUCUUCAACCCAAAUUGAAAAAAAUUCUCAGGAAAGGACUUUUGAAAGCCGCCAAAACGACCGGAGCCUGGAUUUUCACCGGUGGAACGAAUACAGUUACUAGGCAAGUCGGUGAUGCGUUACUAUUAGAAAGAUCUCAAAGAAGUAGCAGAAUAGUCACAAUCGGAAUCGCACCCUGGGGAAUCGUUGAAAAUAAUUAUGAAUUAAUUGGACGAAAUCGCGACGUACCUUAUCACUCCAUAUCAUCGCCCAGGUACGGAGCUGAGAUAAUACUCAGAAGGAAAUUAGAAAAAUACAUAUCCAUUCAAAAACUUCAUCCUUGCACGCAUUGCAGCACUCCGGUUGUUUGUUUGGUCAUAGAAGGCGGUACGAACACAAUAAGAGCAGUUUUGGAAUAUGUGACCGAUGAUCCUCCGGUACCUGUCGUUGUAUGCGACGGUUCCGGUAGAGCUGCCGACCUCUUAGCUUUUGUACAUAAGUACGCGUCCGAAAGCGGAGAACAAACAGUUUUAGAAAACAUGAAAGAUUAUCUUAUAGGAACGAUACAGAGAACGUUCGAAGUUGGUAGCGAACAAUCCGAAUGUUUAUAUUCGGAACUCCUUCAAUGCACUCAGUGUAAAACACAAGAAUUGGAUCAAACAAUAUUAACGGCUUUAUUCAAAUCUCAACAUUUAUCACCCAGCGAACAGUUAAGUUUGGCUUUGACGUGGAACAGAGUCGACAUUGCCAGAUCGGAAAUAUUUGUAUACGGUCAAGAAUGGCCUCCCGGAGCACUGGACGAAGCCAUGAUGCAAGCAUUGGAACAUGAUAGAAUCGAUUUUGUUAAAUUGCUUUUAGAAAAUGGAGUGAGCAUGAAAAAAUUUUUGACAAUACCGAGACUCGAAGAACUUUAUAAUACGAAACAAGGACCAACAAACACAUUAGGAUACAUAUUAAGAGACGUGAGACCGCAUAUACCUCGUGGUUACGUUUAUACCUUACACGAUAUCGGUUUAGUUAUAAAUAAAUUAAUGGGAGGUGCUUACAGAUCGUAUUACACGAGGAGAAAAUUUCGAUUGAUUUAUGCAAAAGUAAUGAAAAAAUCUCCUCACGUUCAUCGCAACAGCGCAUCUUUUAUUCGUUACUACGGAAAUCAAAAUUUAACACUUAGUCUAUUAGCUGAAGCAUUGCCAGCUACCAGCGACACUCCACUUUUUGAUUAUCCUUUCAAUGAAUUAAUGAUUUGGGCCGUACUUACUAAAAGACAGCAAAUGGCUUUGCUUAUGUGGCAACACGGAGAAGAAGCCCUUGCCAAGUCAUUGAUUUCUUGUAAAUUGUAUAAAGCGAUGGCACACGAAGCCGCAGAAGAUGAUUUAGAAACCGAGGUCUACGAAGAAUUGAGAAACUACGGAAAAGAAUUUGAAAAUAUCGCUCUGGAACUUUUGGAUUUUUGCUACCGACAAGACGAUGAUCAAGCUCAACAAUUAUUAACUUGCGAAUUACAAAAUUGGAGCGGGCAAACGUGCCUAAGUCUGGCUGUUGCUGCCAAUCACAGAGCUUUGCUUGCACAUCCUUGCAGUCAAAUAAUAUUAGCCGAUUUAUGGAUGGGAGGAUUGAGAACGAGAAAAAACACAAAUUUAAAAGUCAUACUCGGGCUAUUGUGUCCUCCGUACAUUUGUCAAUUGGAAUUUAAAUCAAAGGAAGAACUUCAAUCCAUGCCGCAAACGGAAGAAGAACAUUUGACGGGGUUGGAAGAAGAAAACGAAAGCGUCGACGGGGAAAUGAAAUUCAAUCAAACUCAUCGUAACACGGAUCCGGAAACUGAGGCACUUUUUGCGCAGGAUUUCGGAGUUAAAGACACGAUAAUACAAGAAAAUGGAAAAGUUAUAACGGAAGAUGAUACGGAAAUAGGGAAUUCAUUUCAUCAUAUCCCGUUGGAUUUUCACGAUGUUAAAGCGGCUCGACCCCUCAGAUUGAAAAAAAAAUUUUAUGAAUUUUAUACGGCGCCGAUAACGAAAUUUUGGGCUCAUUCGUUGGCUUACAUGGUAUUUUUAAUGUUCUUCAGCUACGUCGUUCUCGUGAAAAUGGAAAAUAUGCCGUCUUGGCAAGAGUAUUACAUAAUAACGUAUAUUUGCACUUUGGGAUUUGAAAAAAUUCGGGAAAUCGUUUCAUCGGAACCCGUGGCCAUCAGUCACAAAUUUGCCGUUUGGACUUGGAACAUGUGGAAUCCCUGCGAUUCUGCGGCCAUUAUUUUUUUUCUCAUUGGUUUGGCUCUCCGGUUGAAACCGUCAUCCAUGGCCAUCGGAAGAGUUAUUUUUUGCGUAAAUAUCGUUUAUUGGUACCUGAGAAUUCUAAACAUUUUAGGCGUGAAUAAAUAUUUGGGUCCACUCGUGACGAUGAUGGGUAAAAUGGUUAAAAACAUGAUUUAUUUUGUUGUUUUACUUUUGGUCGUCCUCAUGAGUUUCGGCGUUUGUCGUCAAUCAAUAUUAAAUCCGAAUCGUGAAGCCAGUUGGACUUCCGUCAAAGAAGUUUUUUAUCAACCGUAUUUUAUGCUUUACGGAGAAGUAUUUGCGGGUGACAUUGAUCCUCCCUGCGGGGAACAUCCGACGGAUUCCCCAUGUCCCACGGGAAGAUGGGUUACGCCGGUCGUCAUGUCCAUAUAUCUUUUGGUGGCAAAUAUUCUUUUGAUCAAUUUACUCAUAGCAGUGUUCAAUAAUAUUUUCAUAGAAGUAAACGCCGUUUCGCAUCAGGUUUGGAUGUUUCAAAGAUUCACCGUCGUUAUGGAAUACGAACAAAAACCGGGGAUCCCUCCUCCCCUCAUAAUAAUCAGUCAUUUGUUUUUACUUUUCAAAUUUGUACGUAGAAAAUUAAAAGGAAUCGAAGAAACUUAUGAUAACGCGUUAAAAUUAUUUCUCGAUAAUGAUGAUUUGGAAAGGUUAUACGAUUUCGAAGAAGAAUGCGUCGAGGGUUAUUUUAGAGAAAAAGAUUUGAAAUUGCUUCAGUCGAGCGAUGAGAGAAUAAAAACAACGACGGAAAAAGUCGAAAACAUGUAUCAAAAGGUUGAGGAUAUAAAUCAAAAGGAAAAUGCUCAAACGACGUCGAUUCAAAGCGUCGAAUUCAGAUUGAGAAAAGUUGAAGAUGUCGCCGAGCAAAUUUUAAAUCAUUUAGACGUCGUUCAUAGAUUUAUGGCCACGCACACGAGGGAUACGGCAUUUCCAGAUUUUCCCGAAGUUAACAUUGUCGCAGAUAGAACGAGAACGGCUUCCGAACGAUCGGAAGAUGUAAAAGUGAUGGCCGCACCUGAUAGCGAAUUUGCAGAAAGACUCUUGUCAUUAACUGAAGUCAGACCCACUGAUAGGUUGUGUCUAUCUGCUGAACGUAUUUACGUAGAUCCAAAAAGACAUGAAAUCCCUUUGGAAAAUUCAAAUAAUUCAAAUCAGAAAGGCGAAGACGAAGUGGAAUAUCCGGGAGAUGAAAAAUCAUUUAUUGAUCGCAGAUUAUCCGAAAGUAGCGCUGCUGAAAAGCACGAAGAUGUUUCCGUUUGCCGUGAGAGUACAAAAGGAAGCCACGUGGAAGUUAAUCGUCCUCAAGAAACUCAAGAAAUCGAAAGACCUUUGUCAUCUGCAGAUGGAUCGGUGGGACUACGUAAAAGACGGGGGAGUUCAACAGAAGAAAAAUCCGACAGAGGAAGUGUUUUACCUCUUUGUCAUUUAUCUACGAGGCGUCAAUUAAGUCAAACGCAUUCGGAACCGGAUGUGGAUUUUCUGGGUCUUGGAAGUUCCGUACCUAGAGCUGUGACGGUCGAGCGUAGCGUUACUUGGGCAGAACCUAGAAUCACGGUGAUUCCUCCGACGGCAUCCACGGCGCGCUCCAUGCUCCUAGCGAUGCAUUCUGAAUAUACCAGUAUUACUGAUGAGCUUGAAACUGUUUGCGGGUUGUUAUCACCUCCAAGAACUCCCAGUCUUCUCACUCCGACGACUAAAAAAGAUACCGUUCAUCCGAAGAGAACUCGUCACACGAGCGAAAUGUCCAAUCCCGAAAUGGCAAUUUACAUAGAGAAAGAACAUUUACGAGAUGCCGAAGAAAGUGAUUAUCAAUUGAUGCAAGAUUUAAUAGAUAAAAGAUUUUACAUCGGGGAAAAUUCUGAAAUUGAUGAAAGGUUCGAUAAUAAUGCUUUUUUCCUCACGGUAACCGAUGAAGUCAACGAUUACAGAAGUCCUUUUCAAAGCAGAUACUUAAGAAGAAGCAGCGCCAUCGAAAUCAAAGAUCAACCGCAAUCGAACGAUGGAAGUCAAUCGAAUUCUCAAUUGCAAAUAAAUAAUUCAGUUUCGAUCGAUUCUUCCGGUCCUUGCCAGGUGGAAGUUUGUCUCUCGAGCCGUGGAAAUUCCGUCGAAGAACCGCAAGUGAUUGUAAAAGAACAUCCCGCGUCGGAUGAGACCAACGCAAACGAGGUUUUCGAAUCGGACGAUGUUACACGUGCGAAAUAUUUAAAUGAUAAAUGUGACAAUAAAGGAUCGGUCGAAACGAGCGAUGAAACAAAACAAUCAUCACAUUUUCAAUCGGGUGAAACAGAUUCUAAAAAUGGUGGAAGGCAGCAGCAGCAGCAACAACAACAACAACAACAGCAACAGCAACUCGUUCAGGAACCUCAGGAAUAUCAAAUAAAAAAAAUUCACCUUCAUCGAAACAAUUCCGAAACGGAGGGAUCAACGUCAACCAAGGGCACAACUCAACAGAGUUCAGAAAUUUCAAACGAAACUCAUUUUCUAUAUAGGGAACACAUAAAACCGACGACGGGUAGAAAACUUUCGAGGCAAGAAAGUCAGGGUAAAGUCGGACGUACGAACACUCUCGCGAUGGAUUUCGAAAUGGGUCACAAUUCGAAAAAAAUUUCUUCCCAGCCGAGUUUACCACCGCAAAAAGAAGAAGAAUCAUCAUCUCCGCCCGAAAACGAAGAAAGAGGAAGUCGUGACAGUCUCAUGAUGCCAUCCGAGACGAUGUGUUAA